AGGUUCCAACCCGGCCUAAUUCUCCUCUCCUGCUUGUUUGCAGGCCUGCGACGAUGACGGCUUCCCUCCGCGCGGCGGCGACGAGGAUCCUGCGUCCGGCGGGGCAGGGGCUUCGCCGGCUGGUCCACACCCAGCAGCAGCAAUCUAGAUCCACCGGUGCCUUGGAGGACGGACACCGUGCAGCGCAAAUCCAGCAGAAGAAGGAGGAGCUGUACGAUCUCAUCGCCCGCGCUCAGGCCAAGAAGGUCGGCAUAUUUUCCACGACUUCCGAGGGAGAUAGACAUUUGCUCCGGAUUCUCUGCACACAAAUCAAGCCGAGACCAAAUGACCCUCAAUGGCGCUGGAUAACUACCGCUAAGAAGGUGACCGCGCUGUGUUCCGCUGCGAUUGUUCUUGCUAUUGUUGCGUUCACUCUUCCUGACUUAGCUACUCGUCCUGAAUACAAGCCAAUGAAGUGAAAGAUGAAUGGUAUCUUGUUUGAUGGAGAAGCAAGACAAAUGUAUAUCAGUUCUAUUCCAGCACUAUAUAUUAUGUGUGACUCUGAAAAUAUAUGUCUAUGAUCUGUCACCUAUAACUUGAGUAUUCUUAUUUCUGGAUGAUUCAUGAUCGCAUUGUAAGAUAAUUUGUGAUGUCGCUGACAUGGUAUCUUAU